CUGGUGCUGCUGGCGGCGCUGGGCGGGCGGGCUGUGCUGCCGGGCGCGCGGAGCGCGGCGCCGCUGGUCGACCUGCGCUCGCAGAUCUCGGGCGUGGAGUCCCUGCUGGAGGAGUUCCGCCGGCAGCUGCAGCAAGAGGAGCCGGGACCGGCGGCGGCGGCGGCGGGGGGCGGCGGAGAGCGGUGCGGCGACAGCGGUAGCUUCUCGGCCAGGCCCGACUCCAUCAUCCGCACCAAGGACUCCAUCGCGGCCGGCGCCACGUUCCUGCGGGCCCCGGGCGGCGCGGCGGGCUGGCGGCAGUGCCUGGACGCCUGCUGCGCCGAGCCGCGCUGCACGCUGGCCGUGGUGCAGGGGCCCGGGCGGCCGCGGCCGGCGGCGGAGCUGGGCUGCUUCCUCUUCAACUGCACGCACCGCGGCCGGCCCGUCUGCCGCUUCGCCCCGCACCGCGGCUACAGCACCUACAGCCGCCUCGCCCCGCCGCCGCCCGACGACGACGCCGCCGCCGCUUCGCCCCGCGGGGCGGCCCUCGUCCCGCCCGCUCUGCCGCCGGAAGAAGAAUUUGAUGAGCCUCCAGUGUGCAAGGCAGGACAAGAUCUUGUGCUACAGUCACCUGUCGACUGGGUGAUUUUGGACGGUCGCGAAAGUUCGGACGACCAUGGAAUUGUGCAGUAUGAAUGGACGUUGCUGCAAGGUGAUUCAUCUGUUGAAAUGAAGGUACCACAGCCAGGAACACUGAAGCUGUCUCAUCUUCAGGAAGGCACAUACAUUUUCCAGCUCACUGUGACAGAUACAGCUGGUCAGCGGAGCUUGGAUAACGUAUCUGUGACCGUUCUUCCCAUGGCUCAUUCUGCAGUAGCCUGUGUCGGGGUUUGCUCUCGCUACCAGUUUAUCUGUGAUGAUGGUUGCUGCAUUGACAUCACAUUUGCUUGUGAUGGAGUGAAACAGUGCCCCGAUGGCUCCGAUGAAACUUUCUGCCAGAACCUCAGCCCAGGCCGGAAGACAGUGACUCACGUAGCCCUCAGCGCUACCCAGCAAAGGACUGUAGGACUGACUGAAAAAACAGAAGAGAACUUACCUGCAGAAAACACCCUGAAAGCCACUGUCAGAAAUCAACUGCUUCUUUCACUGGAUGCAGACAUGUCUAACCGAUCGCUUUCUCAGGGACCAAAGAAACAAAACAGUGGAUUUGUGCCAGAUAACAGUUCCUCAGGGAAAAAAACAGAUGAUAAAAAUGGAAAUGGCGUAAUCGUGCCAAAGAGAGAUCAGCUCGGAGAUGGGCGUCCAGUCCCAGAAACAGGUGCUGUACUACCUUUGGCCUUAGGCUUGGCCAUCACUGCUUUACUGCUGCUUAUGGUUGCUUGCAGACUGCGUUUAGUGCGACAGAAGCUUAAAAAAGCUCGACCCAUUACAUCCGAAGAGUCCGAUUACCUCAUCAACGGGAUGUAUCUCUAAAAAUCAGAUUUAGGUCUGUUGUUUUCUCCCUUUUCUCCUGUGUCCAAAACCUCUGCCUCUAAAAAAGGACCAAAAUCUUUAGUUAAGUUUCAAAUGUAGAAGAAGCUUCUAUGAUAAGGAACAUGUUCUCCCUCUUCAGUGAAGAAUACAGAUGUGGGGGGGUGCCCUUGUUCAGAAGCGUUCAGGCUCCAGAGGGUGGCUCCAGCUGGCUGUAGAAGAUGCCAUGAGGUGGAGAAUCCCCCAGGGGCCUUGGGGUGCCCUUGUCUUCCCCAUGGCCACCAGAGCCAAAGGGCCAGAGUGCUGGGGCAGCCAAGACCAGCAGGUCCCCGUAGCAUUAGCGGGGAUGGAGAGCAGCUUGUCACCACGCUGCUGCCACUAGCGUGCUCUGCGUUGGGUACAGGGAUGCUGUAGACCAACAGGAGUGUACUAUCCAGCAGAGAUGGAUCUGUGCACUUUCCACCUCAGACACUUGGAAUGUUCUCAUUUUAAAAAAAAUUGCUUUGCUUUGUUAACUACAAGCAAUUGCCAUCUAAGCACCAGCAUUUGUACUGACAUUUGGGAUUUAAGAAACAGAACAUAUUUUUUGUUCACAGUUUAAACCUCUGCGCAGCUCACAAAGUCAUGCUUACUAAAUGCUAAAAUGAAAAAAGCAAGUACUGAAAGGAUAAGUUUGGACUAACUAGUGCCUGACAGCCGUUGUAUGUGAUCCCAGAGCUACAUCUCUCCCCAUAUGGCAGGCUUCAGCCUUUUGCACCCACAGCUCAACAUGCUCCACCCCGUGAAAGAGCACGGGGCGGUGGCCAAUCUUCAAGGCACCAGCCCCAGGCUUGCUACAGAGACUGGUUAGCAGUGUUGGUGUUCUGCUGGGUAAAACCCAAAGCUCAUUCUAGGCAGACAGGCACAGUCAGUGAGACUGACGCUUCUGGCAGAGUGGUUAAACCUCGGCCGUGCUUCCCCCCACAGCGAGGGAUUCGUGCUGGUUAAUUCUUAGCUCCCUGCAAAGCUUGAAGGCUUCAGCAGUGUGUCCCCACCCCAGCAAAAUUCUCAUAGAAUUAGAGCAAGUAAUCGAUAUGUGUGAGUGAACUUCAGAUGUGUUAACAGUAAAUUGUGUACAGUACAUGUUAUAUAUACAUAUAUAGACACCGUGCUGUCUACUUUGUUUGACUGUCCAAGGAUGUCGCGUUCAUCAUGGGUCCCAAUAGCAAUGGAGGCAAAAUGAGGCAUGCAUCUUUUUGUAUGUCGUCUUUUUACUUCAGUAUCUUCAAGUCUACGAGAAUAUUGCCAUGGUAUACAAAUAGUUCUUUGAGUUGCUCAGUCCUGACUACUUUAUGGAAAAUAGCUCUAAUAAACCUAUUUUAUUCAUA